AUGCUCAAGCUUUUGCUCCUCCUGAUCGGCGCCACUGCCGCCGUUGGUUUCCCAGAUGCGGGGAGACUGAAGGCAGUCGACAUCACCUCUACUGAGUCUUCUAGCAUCUCCCAGUCAACUUCGACCGACUUGACUUCCUCUCAAGCUGUUCCCACCGGCACAACUGUCCGUCUCUCUGCUUCCGCCAAUCCGACUGCCAGUCAGUACGUCCCCACGCAUCCGACCUCCACCCAGACCACUCCGGGGGAGGUUGACCCCGGCAGACUUUGGGUUUUGUACCGCAGAACCUUCAUGUCGGGAGAUCCCGGCUGGACAUACCUGUGCUACUACGACAUCUUCGAGUCCCAUGUGAGCGUGAAGUAUUUCAACCCUUGCCAUCCGUACAACGCAACAUUGCAUCUUGGUACCGGCUCGGAAUGCGACCCUGGAUACCAGAUGCCUAUCCCGCAAUUUGACAUCGGAUUCAACCCUUUCGGCGUGAAUACAAAUUGUUCCUACCAUCCAGACGUCAACCAGGUUGUUUGUGAUCAGGGCCAUUACCCCUGCGCCGUCUUCAGCCACGACAACUGGGUACACUGCAUAGAGGACACCGACAGUCCAAAUUAUAACGCCUAUUUCAGGAUCCAGUGUGAUUACUUCCCGGUCAUGACGUAG